AUUUUAUGUCUGGUAAGGAAGACGAAUAUGAAAAGUUACUCUCUGAGUAAAAUUUGAAGGAUAGAUUAGAGGCACCUUAAACAGAGACAGCAAGAUAAAGGAAAUGGAGAAUAGUAAAAAGAAAGUUUGCAGAAGUUUAAGUGUAUGCAAAAUAAGGUUUCAUUAUGGGUUCAUUAGUGGGAGGUGGAUUUGGAUUAGUAACAGGAUUAUGGGCAGCAGUUUAAUAUAAAAAAUUAUCUAUGAUUCCAAUAUCAGUGAUAGUAAGUGGAGGCAGUUUUGGUUUUAUCAUGGCUUGUGGUAGUAUGAUUAGAAGUGAUGAGUUGAUUGCUGGUGAAUAUUAAUAGCAUUUCAAAUUUAAUAAUUAAGAAGUGCCAAUAUAAUAGUUCUGGUUGAAUAGAUAAUUUGAAUGAAUUAUGAUAAAUUGUGAAUCAAUUUAAUCAUUUG